GCCGCUGCGCCAUGUUAUCGGGGUAACGCUUCAAAUCACUGCCGCUUCCUGACCGGGAGAAGAUUCAACCACCGGGUGUUUGAAACGCCUUCAUCACUUCAUCAAACCUCGAUCUUUUCAUUCUUAAACUUUAAUUUCGUGUCGUCACGGCAGCGAAGCAGCUGGCCGAAACCGGUUUUGAUUUUUCCCCGUUAGUCGAAGGCCAAAGCGGCUGCCAUGGAUUUUUAAGGCAUAAUGCGGCACCUGUAAUGCAAUGGCGAUGCAUAGUGCAAGGCAAACCCACCGACACUCCAUCUUCGCAACUGCCAAGCAGUUGGGCUCGAAUACCGUCCGCGGUAUACCUGCGAGCCAGCCGGUACCGCUGCUCCUGGACCGGAGGAAGCUAACGCUAGCUAGCUAGUCCCCCUUAACUAAUCCCAUACGUCGAAAUUUCAUCGAUUCAUUUGAACGUCGUCAACACUAUGAAGCCUCAAGACAUCAUCAGCGGGAAGAGCAGCCUGUGGAUCUUCGGGUACGGGUCGCUGGUGUGGAAGCCGGACUUCAAGUACAAGAGGAGCCAGGUCGGUUACAUUCAAGGCUACAAGAGACGCUUCUGGCACGGAGACAACUUUCACCGCGGCAGCGACGAGAUGCCCGGAAGAGUGGUGACGCUGAUUGAAGAUGAUGACGAGAGCACCUGGGGCGUGGCGUUUGAGGUGACAGGCUCUCAGAUCGAAGAGUCCCUGAAGUACCUCAACGUGCGUGAGACGGUCUGCGGUGGCUACAUCACCAAAAUGGUGGAUUUCUUCCCUGAGGGAGGAGAUCAGCCUCCAGUUCAGGCGCUCGUGUACAUCGCCACCUCUGACAACGCCCUGUACCUGGGGCCGGCCAGCCCGGAGGCGAUCGGUGUCCAGAUCGCAGUGUGCAGAGGGAAGACGGGCCACAACCUGGAGUAUCUGCUCCGGCUGGCCGAGUUCAUGAGGAGCAGCUGCCCGCAGGUGGAAGACCAUCACCUGUACUCCAUCGAGGCGGCGGCGCUGACCGUGGUGUCCUAUCUGUUAGCAGCCCAGUAGCUCGUACCCUUUGUCUCAGGAGCGUGAAUAGUGGAUGAGGCUUUUCAUCUGUCAUGUUCGUCCAUCUAUGUUUUAUGUUGUGAAAUCUUGCUUCUGACCAACCAGUGUACGUGAAUCACUGAAUGCUGUUGCAGUGAUAUCAGAGGGAAGCAUGUUAGUGAGUGGAGGGUUUUGUUGUUGUGAAGCAUGACCUCAUGUUCACACUGUAAUGUUACUCAGCACAUGUUAGUACGGUGGUUACAAAGUGUUGGGUGUCUGAACUGUUCCUGACUGUAAACAUCUGUGCACACCAAUGUUUUUAUUUGUUUGCACAGUUGAGAUUCCGUCCAGUCCAUUCAGACGGUGCAGCGAGUAACUGUGGUGCUUGAACCUGUUUCCAUUCACCAAAUAGCUGCUGUGAUUAUUUUUUAUUUUUAAAGAACAAACCUGUUUAAAAAGUUGCUUGUGGCAACUUUUCAUCCAGUUGGAAACACUAAUAAAAAGUUAAAAGAA